AUGUUGCUGUACCACCUCGUUACCCAUAUUCUUCCCUUGAGCUUGUUCCUAGAUGCAGCUUUCGGCCAUCGGGUUCAUCGCCGAGACUCCGCUGACGCGGUUAAUGUGCCUCAAUCAGAAUCAAUUGCGAUCACCAAUGCCCAGGCUAUUAUGACAUCGACGAUUCCUGCCGCACCUCUCGCUACGUUGUCUAUAGGCAAAAUAGCUGUUCUUGCCAAUACCACUGCUCCCACACCUCCUAAGGCAGCGCUCAUUACUACCGAUGCAGUUGACACUGUUGGUAGUAAAGUUCUUGUCAUUGCACGAGAUUCGAUCUCCGCAUACUCUGCCUGGAGUGGGCUUAAUGAUCGAGGAAUCCCAUAUCAAACCUUGAUCGUUCCUUCAGCUGGUAUAGCACUACCAGUUUUGAACAGUUCCGAAACUCAAGGCAAUUUUGGUCUCAUCGUUGUUUUGUCAGAAGUAAGCUACUCGUACCCUGGCCUAGGAUAUCAGAGCGCAUUGACGGCCGACCAAUGGCAAGCACUCUACAACUAUCAAGCCUCCUUUCGCGUUCGGCUGGUCAGACUUGACUCUUAUCCAUCCGCUGCCUUUGGUACACAGGCUCUAGGGUCUUGUUGCAAUGAUGGUGUCGAGCAACUUGUUCAUAUUUCCGAUAAUUCGGCAUUCCCCAAAGCCGGUCUCAAAACGGGUGCUACCAUGAGCUCCAAGGGAAUCUACCACUAUCCUACUCAGAUCAUAAACUCGACUUUGGCAAAGGAGUUUUUACAAUUUGGAGCUUCUUCCGAUGGCCAAUUCACUACCGCAAGCACAGCAGGCGUGAUAAAUAACAUUGGUGGUAGAGAACAAAUGGUCUUUUAUGUUCCAUUCUCUACGGACUGGGCUGUUACAUCGGUAUGGUUGCAACACGCUUGGAUCGACUGGGGCACACGAGGCCUAUACACUGGAUACAGAAGAGCACUAUUACUCACACAAAUUGACGAUAUGUUCUUGGAAUCAGAUAUAUAUUCGCCGACUGGAACGACUUACCGCAUCGGCGCAGAUGAUUUGGCUCAACACAUUACAUUUAUGCGCACGAUCAAUUCUAAGUUGAAUCCUGGAAGCAACUGGUUUAUUGAAGUUGGUCAUAACGGCAAUGGAAAUAUCGAACAAUCUGAUGUGUCCGACAAGACUGGAAAUAUCUGUCGUCCUGGACCUAUCGAGUAUGCAGAACAGAUCGAUACACCGCUGGAAUUCGUCAAACCCCUUGGAACGGGAAACACAAUUUGGCCUACUACAGCGGGUCUUUAUGCCAAUUAUAGCUCCACGUGCUUGAACGAUGAUCCUUUACUCAAAUGGUGGACUACCCCCUCUAAUCUUAAUGCCUUCGCACAUAUAUCGCACACCUUCACGCACGAGGACCAAAACAAUGCGACAUAUUCCGAUGUAUACAAAGAGAUGACAUGGAACCAAGCCUGGCUCGCUGCUACCGGAAUUGCUAAUGCUGCAAAGUUUAGUCCAAAGGGAUUGAUCCCACCAGCCAUCACGGGACUUCAUAACGGAGAUGCACUUAAGGCUUGGAGUGACAGUGGUAUCAUACAUGCAGUUGGGGACAAUACUCGACCAGCUCUUCUAAAUCCUAACAAUGAGCAUUGGCCUCUGUUCACGACCAUUGCGGCUAAUGGUUUUAAUGGCAUUCAAAUAACGCCUCGAUAUGCAACUAAUAUCUACUACAACUGUGAUAUGCCUGAUUGUACCGUCUUGGAGUGGAUCAACACCAGCGCCGGAUCUGGCAAUAUUAACACUCUCCUCGAGAUCGAGAAACAGACAAAUACCAGGCAUUUGCUUGGUCUCCACCAUGACGCAUACAUGUUUCAUCAAGCGAAUUUGCGCUACACAGGAGCAGCAACAUACACGAUCAACGGAGUGACGGCACAACUCUCGUUGUUCAUGGCAUGGGUUGAGACUGUGACCCAAGAGUUUGUUCGAUUGGUUGAUUGGCCUAUCCUCACCUAUAAACAUGAUGAUCUUGCUGCCUUAUUCGUCAAUCGCAUGACACGAGACGCUUGCGGGGCUAGCUUGUCGUAUCAACUCGACACCACUGCUUCAUCAAUCACUGGCUUCACGCUCUUUGCGAAUGGUGACACCUGUUCAACACCAAUUCCAGUUACGCUCCCCGGCCCAGUCACCGAUACCAAAGGAGCCACUACCGAGCAGAUUGGUAAUGACCCUAUAACGUUGUGGGUUACUUUGUCUGGAGCACCCGUCAGCUUCACUUUAAGCACACCAAUUGCUGUGGCGAGUAGCUGA